UUAAUCAUGUGACGACGUCGUUACGCCCUUGUAGUUAUAAAUACCAUCCGGAAUUUUCAACAAAAAUCAACUUUUCUAAUUGAAUUGUAUGGGAAUUCAGUUAAUUAAUUAACGGCAUGCAAUAGAGGAAGACAGGAAGCAAUGAAAUAUGAAACUUUGAAAAGUGGGGCAGGUGGAUGUGGAUACUACGUGUUGAUGGCCGGAAUAGCGGAAAGUAAUGAUUGCCAAGGGAUCAAUUACGCGUGAAUUAUUUACACACAACGUAAGGUUUCUCGGCGCCAUUAAUUACAUUCACAUUCAAUGCGUAUUUCUUUGUUUUGUUCUUUAAGUUUUUCGGAAAUAGUUUUAUUUGAUUUUUGUUUCAUGUUGUGAUGCGAUGAAAACUAAAUGUGUGUGCUGGGAUGAUGAAGCCGAGCGACGCGAGAUAGAAAUCGAUAGCGUCGGCGCUCAGCAUGCGCGUCCCAGGCUGUGGUGGCGGCGGCAAAGCGGCGGGAUCCGCCGCUCGCAGUCACCGACAAGAUGUAGAGCCGGCUGCGCUACCUGUAGGCACCGAUAUUCGCACGAUUUUUCGUUUUUACAACCAGUAUUGUAGUGCAAACGUAAAGAAAAACCCAACGCUAACAAGAAUUCGACACAGCAAAUAAUGCUUAAGACGCGCUUUCAUAAAAUACAACUAGAUAAAGAGACAAGCAAACAAAAACUUGGUAAAAUUUAAGUUUUCAUCUGGGAUUGCAAUCACGACGAGAAUGUUACCGGAAGAAAAGCGAAAAAAUGGUACGAGAGCCAAGCACCGGCAGAGAUGAAAGAUGAUCAAUCCGCAUCAGAAUCUGCUCUUCGUGGCGACCAUCCUAGCGCUGUGCGUGAUCAGCUUCGUGCACGUGUUCCUCUUCCCGCUGUACGAUGCCGACGCCAAACGCUUCGCCACGAAGACGUACUUCGAUUUCGAGCAGUCCCUGUGCAUGGCGAAUCUACGCCAUAGACGCCCCUGGCAGACCACAACGCAAGGAUCCACGAAUUGUCCAAGAGGUGCCAUUGUUACAAUUGUCCAAGGUGGGCGAUUGGGGAAUCAAAUGUGGGAGUAUGCAAGCGUGUGGGCUGUAGCACGCAGAACUGGACUGGAAGCAUACAUUCCAAGAUGUAUCCAAGUGAAAUUGGAACAGAUUUUCGAAAGUUUAAGCAUUCCGAGUUUCGAGGACAUUGCGCAUUGUCCACUGGACUUAGGCAGGUUUGUACGAUCACUGGAGGCAUGGAAUUACAACAAUCAAAGUGUUGUACUGCCACGGUACUCAAUCCAACCGGAUGUGGUCCUCACAUGGGUGCAUGACAUUGUCUCCGAGUUUACAUUUCGGCGAAAAUGGCGGGUGAAGAGUCAGCAAGUGCUGCGCGCGGCUGUGGAAGGUAUUAAAUCCAAAGGUAAUGCAUUCUCUUUUGUUUUUGUUGGUGUGCACAUCAGGAGGACUGAUUAUAUCGGCUAUCUAUGGAGGAAACAUGGCGUCCCGCCUGCGGAGCCGCAGUUUUAUAUAACCGCGAUGAAUUACUACAAGAAAAAGUUUCAUGGAAGGGAAGUGCUGUUCGUGGUGAUUUCGGAUGAUCCAAGAUGGUGUCAGAGGAAAUUCGGAGGUAUGCGGAAUGUUUAUGUUCCGAGUCGUGCGUUGCCAAACACACCAGCGCUGGAUUUGGCCAUUUUAGCCGCCUGUAAUCAUUCCAUAUUUGAUUAUGGCACGUUUGGUAUCUGGGGCGCCAUCUUGGCCGGUGGUGAGACGGUUUACUACAACCUCAGUCGACAUUCAUCGAUGAGAGUGGGUCAGCUCUUGCCCAAUUGGCAUGCGAUGUCAUAGAUAUUGUACAUAAACAUUAAAACUCAUCUAAAUGUGCUAAAUGUAAUCACAGCCAACGGAACACAACACUCACUCAACAGAUACAAUCAUUUUUUCUACGGUAUUAUUACACUGGAAAGUGAGGCGGAUUAUUUUCGAAUACGCAUAGGUAGUUAACAGUUUCCUCUCUCUAUCUCUAUCUCAGUGCCAAACAAAGCAGUGAAACAUUUAUUCCCGAACGAAGGGACCGAAAUACUUCUAUUUCUAAUGAUCUACUUUUACAAACCAAACCAAAAACCAAAUGUGUAAAACAUGAAGAGAUGCUCUAUUUUUCGUUUGUUUUAUCUCGUUGGUUAUAUUAUUAUAUUAACGACUUUACAAAGAUGGAAAAGUAUUUAAAAUGUUGUAAAUAAUAUUCGAUGAUUAAGAGGUGCGAUUGUGGACGAUUGUUUCUCAAAAACUGUGAUCUGUCUUUUCGUAGCCUUUGGAUAGUUUCUUAUUCUAUUAAUAUUCGAUGUGCCAAAUGAAAACAAACCACACAACCACACAUUACUUGUGAAGAGUAUGCGUAUAUGGAAAGUAUUAACACUUCUUGUUUCUGGAAUGAAGAACGAACCGGAAGCAAACACACACAAAUAUAAACUAAGCGUAAAACUAAACUUACUUACUUACAAAUGUAUAAACGAAGAGGACAUCUUUAAUGUUUCUGUGAUACACACGAUAUAUUUACGAUAUAUGUAUAUACAAUCAUGAAUAAACUAAAUUUCUUGAAAAAUAUACAUGAAA